GACACCCAGGAAGGAGAAGUAACUCACCCAAGGUCAUCCUGCUGGUGAUGGCAGAGCUGGAAUCCGAAUUCAGCUCCGCGGACUUCGGGUUGCUCCAGCCCCCACUCUGUUCCACACCGGUGAGCGAGGCCGGUACCGCGGACCACCCCGGAGGCCAGGUCCCCCCAGCCGAGGGCCAGUGGUUACCAAGAGCCCGCGAGUUCCUGUCUUUUUUCAUCCCUGAUUCUCCCCAUUGGCCUAAGCUGGGCAUGGGGCGCCCAGUGAUGCUGACAUUAGAGGACAAAGACAUGAAGGGGUUCACCUGGGCCAUAGCCCCUGCCUUGACCUCCCUGGGCUACCUGCUUAUACUGCUGGUCUCCAUCUUCCCCUUCUGGGUUCGUCUGGUGAACGAGGAGUCCCAGGAAGUGUUUUUCAGUGGCCUGUUUGAGAACUGCUUCCAUAUCAAGUGCUGGAAGCCUCAACCCUUACCUGUUUACAUCAUCGUGGGCCGUGUUUUCCUGCUGUCCGCUGUCGUGUUGUCUUUCCUCACCACCGUCGUCAUGGUGUCCUUUGCAUCUCGGCUUUUUCCGAGGACCCGGAAGCACAAUCUUGUGUCAGCCUUCAUCAGCUUCCUCACAGGGGCCUGUGCCUUCCUGGCCUUGUUGCUGCAUGCCCUGGAGAUCCGGAGUCUGCGGAUGAAGCCCAGCCCCCCGCAGUUCUCCGUGCAGUGGCCUUACUACGUCCUGGGCUUUAGCGUCCUUCUGUUCCUAGUGGCUGGUGCCAUCUGCCUCGUUCAAGAAACAGCCUGCCUUAGCUGUCAUUUGUUGCCCAUUUCCCAGAGUACCGAGGAGACCCAAGAGAUCUCGCACCUGGAAAAUGUGGAGAGUUUGGGAGGAGAACUGAGCUCCAUACAGAGGGAGACGCUGCUGAAGGAAGAAACAGUUAUCUAGACCAAGAUAGUCUGUGCCCUGCCCUUCAUCAAGCUGUGUGAGUGCACACGUGCCGCUGUGUGUGGCUCCCCCGCCUCCACCAGUUUCUACUACUUUUGAUGAGGCUCUUGAGUGUCAAAUCAACCCUCCACUUCCCCUACUCAAAGUGAUUCUA